GACGGCACCAUCCCUUCGUACCACCUCCACAACUUGGAGCACUCCAACAUCUCCAUCACCUUCUUCGUGUUCGCUGCGUUCUGCAUUCUCCUGGAUCGGCUCCGUCCCAAGGCUUAUUUUGAGCUGACCCAGUUGGUUGGCGCCGUGGCUUUCGGGCAGGAGCUUCUCCUCUUCCACCUCCACUCCGCCGACCACAUGGGCCCAGAAGCCCAAUACCACUUGCUUCUACAACUUCUGGUGGUCCUUUCCUUGGCCACAACUCUCCUCGGGAUUGCUCUCCCCGUCAGCUUCUUGGUGGCCUUUGUUAGGUCCUUCACCAUCUUGUUUCAAGGCCUCUGGCUUAUGCUCAUGGGCUUCGCCCUCUGGACCCGUUCUUUCAUCCCUAAAGGUUGUUUUAUCCACUUGGAAGAUGGACACGAAGUGGUGCGAUGCAUUGGGGACGCGUCUCUUCACAGAGCGAAGGCACUAAUCAACAUUCAGUUCAGCUGGGUCUUGAUUGCACUCACCAUUCUGACUCUGACGUUCUACUUGGUUGUGGUUAAAGUAUACGAAACGCCUAAGGCGGCGGAGUACUUUUCAUUGAUGACCAAUGAGGAGGAAGAAGAGGAGAAAGAAGCCGUAGCAAGAUCAUCAGCGUACGACCUCGAAUCACAAGAUAAGGACAAGCAUGGAGUCUCGAGGAGCUUUAUUCAAAUGGGGCAAAAGUUGACAGAUAUGAGCAUGGAAAGGUAGAAGAAUAGAGAGAAUUAAGACGGAACAGUGGAUAAGGGACUUGUUAAUUAGUUUGGAUUAAAUUGGAUGUGUGUGAUUAAUUAAUUAAAGAAUUGUUAUCCAUUAGGCUUAGGUGGUGAUUCAACACUUUUUUUUUGCUUACUUUGUAAAAUUACUUGAGCCAAGAAGUAAUCCAAGUUGUACAAAGAAACACUUUUCGUGCGUUUGUCAAUAUAUAUAUAUAUAUAUAUGUGGUUGGUGGGUAUUUGAUUAA